ACAAAGAGUCCUCCAUUGAUCAUUACUAGUCAUACAACAAGAGGUUCAUCGAAGACAGAUUCAUCUACUUUUUGGAGCACAGUUAAUCCACACCAUAACACAACCGCAAUGUCUUGGCAUUCAUCAAGCCAUACCGACAUUCCACCCAAACCAUCCACAAAUGUCACCUCACCCCACAACCACAGCCAUAUCAUUAUAUUGUCCACCACAAAGCCCAAAAACGGAUCUGCAAUGGCCAGUUCCAGCUAUGAUGGAGUUCCAGGCUGGGGUAUCGCCCUGCUGGUGCUGGCCUCUGUGAUCCUGCUUCUCCUCCUCAUAUUCUUCAUCCUCGCGCUCUGGCACUGGUGCUGUCACCGGGAGGAGACUGGCCUCAUAAAUGUGACUGGAAGCCCAAAACCCUACGACAGAGAGCCCAGCGCCCCUGAAUUUCUAACAAUGGAUCCCUAUCAAAAGAUCUACCCGGAGGAUUUCGAUAAACCCAAGAAAAACCGAACUGGGAUGUAUGUAGUCAACCCCUGACCACAUGCUUGCUGACUCAAGUUGUUGAAGAUCAAACAGAGCACACAGGCACUUCAGUCUCGCCUGAAUGAAGGGGGGGGGGGGGGACAGGCUGCACUAACCAUCGCCGCCAGACGGACCGAGACUCCAGAUCCUAUCGUUCUCCAGUCUUAUUGUUCUCUUUGUCUUGUCGAGAAUGAUGCACUUGGUGCUGAACUUGACCGUGCGUUGGCUGCACGUGAUUGUACUCUCACCCGCUGGCUAAGCCUUUCCUAAUGACGUUUGGUGACAACAAACACAUGCCUUCAAUUCUCCAUGAUUCAUGAUGACGCCUCCAGGAAUGGUCUUGGACAUGGAAGACCAGGAGCUGCUGGAUUCAGCUCCUGUCUGAGGACUAAA